AUGACAGAGGAGGAAACUAUAAAUGUGAAGGAGGUAGAGAUCAUCAAGGGGAUCUUGGACUUCCUCCACUCCAGGAAGUUGCACAUCAGCAUGCUGGCUCUAGAAAAGGAGAGCGGUGUGAUCAAUGGCCUCUACUCGGACGACAUGCUCUUCCUUAGGCAACUUGUGCUGGAUGGCCAAUGGGAUGAGGUCCUACAGUUCAUUCAGCCUUUGGAGUGUAUGGAGAAGUUUGACAAAAAGAGGUUCCGAUACAUCGUCUUAAAGCAGAAGUUUCUGGAAGCUCUUUGUGUGAAUAAUGCCAUGUCUGCUGAGGAUGAGCCACAACACUUGGAGUUCACUAUGCAGGAAGCGGUCAAGUGUCUCCACACCCUGGAGGAGUUUUGCCCCUCAAAAGACGAUUACAGCAAACUUUGUCUGCUGCUUACCUUGCCUCGGCUCACAAACCACGCUGAAUUUAAGGACUGGAACCCGAGCACGGCCAGGGUGCAAUGUUUCGAGGAGGCCUGCACUAUGGUGGCCGAGUUCAUUCCAGCGGACAGGAAGCUUAGCGAGGCUGGAUUCAAAGCCAGCAGUGAUCGCCUUUUCCAGCUGCUCCUCAAAGGCGUCCUCUAUGAGUGCUGCGUGGAGUUCUGCCAGAGUAAGGCGACCGGCGAGGAGAUCACCGAAAGCGAGGUGCUGCUCGGCGUGGAUAUGCUGUGCGGUAACGGCUGCGACGACGUGGACUUGUCCCUGCUGUCCUGGAUGCAGAACCUGGCCCACAGCGUCUUCUCCUGCGCCUUUGAACAAAAGCAGCUCAACAUCCACGUGGACCGCCUGGUCAAACCGGCCAAGACCGGCUACGCCGACCUGCUCACGCCGCUCAUUAGCAAACUGUCUCCGUACCCGUCAUCGCCGCUGCGCAGGCCACAGUCCGCCGACACUUACAUGUCGCGCUCAUUGAAUCCAGCCUUGGACGGCUUGGCCUACGGGCUAUCCGGUCAGGAGAAACGAACCGGCGGCGGCGAAGUCACGCCGGGUAAAGGUGUCUCCUCAAUGUCCCACUCCUUUGCCAAUUUUCACUACCCUGGAUCGGGAGGGCAAAACCUCAGCAGGAGCCUCAUGAUGGAGAGUUCCGACUGCCACAGCAUAUUUGAGGAAUCGCCUGAAACGUCGAGAACUGACACGCCUGUGGACAAAAUGAUGGGUUCAAGCGCAACUCAGAACUCUCGUCCUGCCUCAGCUCCAGGCGAAGAUGCACCUGCAGCUGGCUCUGCUGAAAAGAAUGAGCCCUGGGACUCCACAGAAAAGUACGAAGAAUAUUUCCGUCAGCGCCUGCGUGUGCAGCAGCACCUGGAGCAGAAGCAGCAGCAGAGGCAGAUGUACAAGCAGAUGCUAUUGGAAGGUGGUGUGCAGCAGGAUCCCCCGCCUGCUGACAUGCAGCACAGCCUCACAGAGAAGUUCCUCAACAAAUCCAUCCAGAAGCUGGAAGAGCUCAACGUGGGGAUGGACGGUUUAGGAGAAGAAGUGAAGUCUUUGGCCCAGCAGUGCAAUGGCAACCCGCCCAUCUCGGAGUGCAACAACAACCCACCGUCCGCCAGCCCGGAGCACAACAGGAGCCGUGGGGGAGGGGUGCUCAGCAGCACCCCGCAGCACGUAGCGGGGGGCCGUCCAGUGUCGCCACUGAAUGAAUCUCCCGUUUUUUCACACAGUGGGCAAAAUCACAAAGCAGGUCCUCAUGGUGACUCACCUGGCUCUUUAUCCCGCAGUAAAGAGGGUGGCGACAAAGAAAAAAGUCUGUUCGUGGCCGUGCAUACGCUGGAAGACACGCAGGCUGUCCGCGCCGUUUCCUUCCACCCUUCAGGGGCCCUCUACGCCGUUGGCUCCAACUCUAAAACGCUCCGUGUCUGCGCUUAUCCAGAAAAACUAGACACCAGUGGCUCGAGUCCAGUCAAGCAGCCGGUGGUCCGCUUUAAAAGGAACAAACACCAUAAAGGUUCUAUCUACUGCGUGGCCUGGAGUCACUGCGGGCAGCUACUGGCAACCGGCUCCAAUGACAAAUACGUUAAAGUUCUACCAUUUAGUGCCGAGACCUGUAAUGCCACAGGCCCAGAUUUGGAGUUCAGCAUGCACGACGGCACCAUCAGGGACUUGGCUUUUAUGGAAGGUCCGGAAAGCGGCGGGGCCAUCUUGAUCAGCGCCGGGGCGGGAGACUGCAACAUCUACACCACAGACUGUCAGCGGGGGCAGGGACUGCACGCCCUCAGCGGACACACGGGUCACAUCCUUUCUCUUUACACCUGGGGAGGAUGGAUGAUCGCGUCCGGUUCCCAAGACAAGACGGUGCGAUUUUGGGACCUCAGAGUGCCCAGCUGCGUGCGAGUGGUGGGCACGGCUUUCCACGGCUCAGGCAGCCCCGUGGCAUCGGUGGCGGUGGACCCGAGCGGGCGUCUGCUGGCGACGGGACAGGAAGACAGCGCCUGCAUGCUGUACGACAUCCGCGGCGGGCGCAUCGUGCAGGUGUACCGUCCACACAGCAGCGACGUACGCUCGGUGCGCUUCUCCCCUGGCGCUCACUACCUGCUAACAGGCUCCUACGACACCAAAGUCAUGGUCACCAAUCUUCAAGGCGACCUGACCAAGCAGCUUCCUCUGACCGUGGUCGGGGAGCACGGCGACAAGGUAAUCCAAUGCCGGUGGCACACCGACGACCUCUCCUUCCUGUCGUCGUCCGCUGAUCGAACCGUCACACUGUGGACUCACAACCCGUGA